UGGCAUCUCUCUACUGCAAAUCCCACAAAUCUCCCUGCCACGUAGGCCACCCACCUCUGUAUAAAUUCUAGCUCAAGCAACUCCCCUGCCUCUCGCCUUCUUCUUCAGAAAACUCUCAACUUUUCUCCCUCUGAAUUCUCCAUCUCCCCCCCCCCCCCCCCCCCCCCGCCAGCUAAUAUUAGUAUGAUUCUGUAGUUUUCUCUUUAAUUUUGUUUAUAUUUUGAGGGUUUUCUCCGGCAAGGCUAAACCAUGUCCAGCAAGGGCGGCAUCAGUCUUGAAGAGAUAAAAAAUGAGUCUGUUGAUCUGGAGAGGAUUCCCAUGGAGGAAGUGUUUGAGCAGCUGAAAUGCACAAGAGAAGGUCUGUCGGCAGACGAAGGAGCCAGCAGACUUCAAGUGUUUGGACCAAACAAACUAGAAGAGAAAAAGGAAAGCAAGAUUCUCAAGUUUCUGGGAUUUAUGUGGAAUCCAUUGUCAUGGGUCAUGGAGGCUGCUGCAUUGAUGGCCAUAGCCUUGGCUAAUGGUGAUGGAAGACCUCCAGAUUGGCAGGAUUUUGUUGGGAUUGUUGUGCUCUUGGUGAUUAACUCCACUAUUAGUUUCAUAGAGGAAAACAAUGCUGGUAAUGCAGCAGCAGCCCUCAUGGCUGGUCUUGCUCCUAAGACUAAGGUUCUGAGAGAUGGCCGAUGGAGCGAGCAAGAUGCUUCAAUCUUGGUUCCAGGAGACAUUAUCAGCAUUAAAUUGGGAGACAUCGUUCCGGCUGAUGCUCGUCUUCUCGAGGGUGAUCCUUUAAAGAUUGAUCAAUCUGCCCUUACUGGGGAGUCACUUCCUGUCACCAAGAACCCUUCUGAUGAAGUGUUUUCUGGCUCAACAUGUAAACAAGGUGAAAUUGAAGCAGUUGUGAUUGCCACUGGUGUGCACACCUUUUUCGGUAAGGCUGCCCAUCUUGUGGACAGCACCAAUCAAGUUGGACAUUUCCAGAAAGUUCUUACUGCCAUUGGUAAUUUCUGCAUCUGCUCAAUUGCUGUUGGUAUAUUCGCCGAGCUUAUAGUGAUGUACCCUAUACAACAUCGCAAGUACAGAGAUGGAAUUGACAACUUGCUGGUUCUCUUGAUUGGAGGAAUUCCCAUUGCUAUGCCUACUGUUUUAUCUGUCACCAUGGCUAUUGGUUCCCACAGACUUUCUCAACAGGGUGCUAUUACCAAGAGAAUGACUGCCAUUGAGGAAAUGGCAGGAAUGGAUGUUCUUUGCAGUGACAAAACUGGGACUCUAACUCUGAACAAGCUUACUGUUGAUAGGUCCUUGAUUGAAGUGUUUGCGAAGGGUGUGGAGAAGGAGCAUGUUAUCCUUCUUGCAGCAAGAGCUUCAAGGACUGAAAAUCAGGAUGCUAUUGAUGCAGCGAUUGUAGGGAUGCUUGCAGACCCGAAAGAGGCACGAGCUGGGAUCAGAGAGGUUCAUUUCCUUCCAUUCAACCCUGUGGACAAGAGGACUGCUCUGACCUACAUUGAUUCUGAUGGAAACUGGCACCGGGCUAGCAAGGGUGCCCCCGAGCAGAUAUUAACUCUGUGCAAUUGCAAGGAAGAUGUUAAGAAGAAGGUUCAUUCUGUGAUUGACAAGUUUGCUGAACGUGGACUUAGAUCUUUAGGUGUUGCAAAACAGGAAGUACCUGAGAAAUCAAAAGAUGCUGCAGGUGCACCAUGGCAGCUAGUUGGUUUGUUGCCUUUGUUUGAUCCUCCCAGGCAUGACAGUGCUGAAACCAUCAGAAGAGCUCUCCACCUUGGUGUUAAUGUUAAGAUGAUUACUGGGGAUCAGCUUGCAAUUGGCAAGGAAACUGGCAGGAGGCUUGGAAUGGGAACAAACAUGUAUCCCUCUUCUGCAUUGCUUGGCCAAGACAGAGAUGCUUCUAUUGCGGCUCUGCCUGUGGAUGAGUUGAUUGAGAAGGCCGAUGGAUUUGCUGGAGUUUUUCCAGAACACAAAUAUGAAAUUGUGAAGAGGCUACAGGAUAGGAAGCACAUCUGUGGAAUGACAGGAGAUGGUGUUAAUGAUGCCCCUGCUCUGAAGAAGGCAGAUAUUGGAAUUGCUGUUGCCGAUGCAACUGAUGCUGCCAGAAGUGCUUCUGACAUUGUCCUCACUGAACCAGGGCUUAGUGUUAUUAUAAGUGCAGUGCUGACCAGCAGGGCUAUAUUCCAAAGGAUGAAGAAUUACACUAUAUAUGCAGUUUCAAUUACCAUUCGUAUUGUUUUUGGCUUCAUGUUUAUUGCCCUGAUAUGGAAGUUUGACUUCGCUCCAUUCAUGGUUUUGAUUAUUGCUAUUCUAAAUGAUGGAACGAUCAUGACAAUAUCAAAGGAUCGAGUGAAGCCAUCUCCACAGCCUGAUAGUUGGAAACUUAAAGAGAUAUUUAGUACUGGCAUUGUGCUUGGAGGUUACAUGGCACUGAUGACAGUAUUAUUCUUCUGGAUUAUGAAAGACACCGACUUCUUUUCAGAUAAGUUUGGUGUCAGGUCACUGAGAAAAAACGAUGAGGAAAUGAUGGCAGCCUUGUAUUUACAAGUGAGUAUCGUGAGCCAGGCACUUAUUUUUGUCACAAGAUCUCGCAGCUGGUCUUUUGUUGAACGUCCUGGAUUCCUUCUCCUUGGUGCAUUUGUAGCUGCUCAGCUGAUUGCAACAUUGAUAGCAGUCUAUGCAAAUUGGGGUUUUGCACGUAUUAAGGGGUGUGGCUGGGGAUGGGCUGGAGUAAUCUGGCUAUUUAGCGUGGUGACAUAUGUGCCGCUUGAUAUCCUCAAAUUCGCAAUCCGCUACAUUUUGAGUGGGAAGGCAUGGGAUAAUCUCUUGGAGAACAAGACUGCCUUUACUACAAAGAAAGACUACGGCAAAGAAGAGAGAGAAGCUCAGUGGGCCACAGCUCAGAGGACCCUCCAUGGCCUUCAACCUCCUGAGACCUCCCACAAUAUGUUUUCUGAAAAGAAUAGUUACAGGGAGCUUUCUGAGAUUGCCGAGCAAGCCAAGCGGAGGGCUGAGAUGGCAAGGCUGAGGGAGCUAAACACCCUCAAGGGGCAUGUUGAAUCAGUGGUGAAGCUGAAGGGACUGGACAUUGAUACAAUUCAACAACACUACACAGUUUGAAGAGUCUCAAGUCUUGACGAGAACAAACUCUUCGGAGAAAAGCCGAGCUGAAAGCUAAGUAUAUGAUGACGAAGAUGACGAAGAAGGCUGGAAGCGAAAAUCAUUGAAAUUAGACUAGAAUGACACUCCUCUUGCUAUAACUUAAGGGUACCUUUUUGUUGUUUGUUAUCUACCUUCAAACCUAGAGGGGAUUGUUGCUCCUUCAGGAGCUAAAUAUAAUCAGCCACACAUUUUCUCCGCUGUACCAUUUUUCUAUCGUCUUUAAUUCUACGUUGUCUGCAUCAAUCUUAUGUUGCUGAUA